AAACAUGACCAAGCCCAUAAACAAAUAUUAUCUUCACUCUAAGAAAACACUCCGUUCAUAGUCCCUUUUGGUCUGCAUAAAUGGACUGGAAUUCCUAACCAAAAACCAAAAAACACAAUUCACACUGAAACUUACUUCUCAUCUCUAAAUUUGGGCUGUUUUUGCCAUCCAACAAUUUCACAUUGUGCCCAAAAAUGGCAGUGGUGAGAACACUAGUGAGCUUGGCUGUUACAGCCAUGCUGCUCUUCAGUGUAGCCAUGGCAACAAACUACACCGUUGGAGGUCCCAACGGCGGCUGGGAUAUGAGCACCAACGUCCAAUCAUGGGCUUCAUCACAAUCUUUCUCUGUUGGAGACGAUUUGCUUUUCCAGUACAUGCCAAACCACAAUGUGCUUGAAGUUACAAAGGCAGACCAUGACUCCUGCCAGACAAGUAACCCAAUUCAGACCUACAGUGGCGGUAACACGGUCGUCCCUCUCACUUCUCCAGGAAAGAGAUACUUCAUCUGUGGAUCUAUGGGGCAUUGUAGCCAAGGAAUGAAGGUUGAGGUCGACACACUUGCUUCCCAAGCAAGUCCUCCAUCGAUAGCAACUCCUCCUAACCCAUCAAUCGCUUCACCAUUCCCACCACCUGAAAGUGAAACUCAACCAACUAUGAGUUCACCAAUUCCUGCUCCGACAACGUCUCCUCUCUCACCUGUGAGCAGUCUCGCAUCACCCUAUCAUGUUCCUUCAACAGAACCUCUUGCAAACUCUCCUCCAAAUGGCUUUGCACCGCCGCAUCCCUCAUCAUCAGCUACCAAAAUCAAUACCCUUGUCGGGUAUUCAGUCGGAUUUAGUUUUGCCGUGGCCAUACUAUUGACCCUGUGAGCCUCUGAGUGAGAGAGAGAGAGAGAGAGAGAGAGAGAGAGAGAUCUAUAUUGUGUUCAGGUCUAUGUACGGUGUUGUGUUCAGGACCAUGUCAUGUUCAUUUCUUUUUUUCUGAAUUUGUUUCUUUGUCAAUCCCUUCUUAGAUGAUGAUGACUCCAGGUUUCUUUGUUCACAUA